UCCUCCCACAGCCCACGGAUUCCUUUCUCUGUCAGAGGGGCCACAGAAGGCAAACUGUCCCAGGGCAUGACAGAGGGAUGCCGCUGUGGCUGCUGCUGCUGUGUGGAGGGCCCCUGCUUCGGGUUCUGGGCUACCAGCUGGAGCUACAGGAGUCCGUGACUGUCCAGGAGGGCUUGUGUGUCCACGUGCGCUGCAAAUUUUUUUUGCCCUGGUUUAGCUUUGGAUUCAUCCCCAUAUCUUGGUUCCAGAAAGGGGCAAAUGUUUACUACGAUCCUCCAGUGGACAAACCAGACAGGAAGCUGCAUGAGAGGACCCAGGGCCGGUUCUUCCUCCUUGGGGACCCCCAGACCAAGGACUGCUCCCUGUACAUCACAGAUGUCAACAUGGGGGACAGUGGGACUUACUUCUUACGUGUCGAAACACACUCAUAUCUAUAUAAUAUGCUUUCUCUGAAUGUGACAGCUCUGACCCACACACCUCACAUCCUUACCCCGGGGACCCUGGAGUCCGGCCGCCCCGGGAACCUGAACUGCUCUGUGCCCUGGGCCUGCGAGCGGGGAAUGCCCCCCAUCUUCUCCUGGACGUCAGCCGCCUUCACCUCUCUGGGUCCCAGGACGCGCCUCUCCUCAGUGCUCACCCUCACCCCACGGCCCCAGGACCACGGCACCAACCUCACCUGUCAAGUGCAAUUCCCUGCAAUUGGUGUGAUGGUGGAAAGGACCAUCCAGCUCAAUGUCACCUAUGCUCCACAGAACACGGCCAUCAGGAUCUUCCAAGGAAACAGAAUAGCCCUAGAGACUCUGCAAAACACCUCGAACCUUCUCAUCCGGGAGGGCCAGGACCUGCGGCUGCUCUGUGCUGCUGCCGGCAACCCCCCCGCCGAGCUGAGCUGGUUCCGGGGGUCCCCUGCCCUGAAUGCCACCCCCAUGUACAGGACCCACAUCCUGGAGCUGCCUCAAGUCGGGGCUGCGGAGGAAGGAGUCCUCACCUGCCGAGCUCAGAACUCGCUGGGCUCCCAGCACGUCUCCCUGCUUCUCUCUGUGGUCUGCCCCCCGCGGCUGCUCGGCCCCUCCUGCUCCUGGGAGGGCGAGGGGCUGGGCUGCACCUGCUCCGCCCGUGCCCUGCGCUGGCGGCUGGGGGAGGGGCUGCUGGAGGGGAACCACAGCGACGCCUCCUGGACCGUCACCUCCAGCUCCGAGGGGCCCUGGGCCAACAGUUCCCUGAGCCUCAGGGGGCCGCUGGGCUCUGACCUCAGACUCGGCUGCGAGGCCCGGAAUGAGCACGGGGCCCAGAGCACCGCCGUCCUGGUGCUGCGGCCAGAUAAGCCAGAACCCAGGGCCAGUGGCGUCCUGGGAGCCGUCGGGGGAGCGGGCAUCAUGACCCUGCUAUUUUCUCUCUGCCUUUGUCUCAUCUUCAGAGUGAAGACCCUCAGGAAGAGAGCAGCCCAGCCAGUGCAAAUCAUGGAUUUGAACCCAGCCGGUGACUCAGGCUCUGGGGCGCAUCGGCACCGGGUCUGGACAGACAUCCCUGCAGACCCCCCAGCUCCUGCUGGGACUAGCCCCAUUUCAGGAGAAGAACAGGAACUCCACUAUGCUUUCCUCCGAUUUCCCAAGCUGAAGCCUCAGGAACAGGAAGGCAUCAACACCGAGUACUCAGAGAUCAAGACAUACAAGUGAGGAAUUGUUUGUCUCAUAGUUCUGGAGCCUGGAAGUCUGAGAUCACGUGUCAGCAGAGGUCUCUCUCCUUGGCUUGUAGAUGGCCGUCUUCUCCCUGUGAACUUACCUGGUCUUCCCUCUGUGUGUCUGUGUCUCAAUUUCUUCUUCUUUUUAUUUUUUUAAACAUUUUUUAACGUGUUUUUUCUUUUUGAGAGAGAGAGUGCAAGCAGGGGAGAGGCAGAGAGAGAGAGAGAGAGAGAGAGAGAGAGAGAGAGAGAGAGAAGGACAGAGGAUUCGGAUUCGAAGCAGGUUCUGCUGAUAGCACAGAGCCCAGUGCAGGGCUCCAACUCACGAACCAUGAGAUCAUGACCGGAGCUGAAGUCAGAGGCUCAACCAACUGAGCCACCCAGGUGCCCCUCAAUUUCUUCUUCUGAAAAAAAAAUUUUUUUAACGUUUAUUUAU